AUGCAGAUCUGUGGAACCAGAAUUGCGUCUGGAGCAACUGAGAAGCCAUUCUAGGCUCUUGGCCCAGUGUCUUGGCAGCAGUUUGACCUGAAGAUGGCACUCAGGGCCCUGUGGGGCAGCCUCAGCCUGCUCCGUCUGCUGUGGUGUCUCCUUCCGCAGACGGGCUAUGUGCACCCAGAUGAGUUCUUCCAGUCCCCUGAGGUCAUGGCAGAGGACAUCCUGGGUAUAGAAGCUGCACGGCCAUGGGAGUUUCACCCCACCAGCUCCUGCCGCACGGUGGUCUUCCCACUGCUGACCUCCGGCUCUGCCUUCUGGCUGCUCAGGCUCUGGGAACAGUGGGGGCCAUGGCCGGGCCCGGUGAGCGGCUACGUGCUGCUGGUGGGACCCCGGCUCCUCCUCACUGCCCUCUCCUUUGCCCUGGACGUGGCCGUGUACCACCUGGCCCCGCUGUGGGGGGCGGAGCGCUGGAACGCCCUGGUCCUGCUGUCUGGUUCCUACGUCACUCUGGUCUUCUACACAAGGACCUUCUCCAACACCAUCGAGGGACUGCUCUUUGCCGGGCUGCUGGUGCUGGUGUCCCCCCGGUUAGCUUGGAGCCCCACACCCAAGAAGCCUGCUCCAGGCCCCUGGUGGCACAGCUGGCUUCUCGGGGGCGUCGUGGCUGCCGGCUUCUUCAACCGGCCCACGUUUCUGGCCUUUGCUCUGGUCCCACUCUUCCUCUGGAGCAUUUGUGGAGCCACAAACCCUGGCUUCAAGUCACUGACGAAGGAAGCCCUGGAGCUGCUCCCAGGGGCAACCCUCGUGGCAGCGAUGUUUGUGGCUGUGGACAGCUGGUAUUUCUCCAGUCCAUCUAGAUCCACUACCCUUGUUCUGACACCCGCCAACUUCUUGUACUACAACCUGGAUCCUCAAAACCUGGCGAGGCAUGGCACACACAUGCGGCUGACUCACCUGGCCGUCAAUGGUUUCCUGCUCUUUGGGAUGCUGCAUGCCCGGGCCCUGCAGGCUGCGUGGCAACAGCUGCAAGCCUGCCUCCAGGCCUUUGCACGAACGGGCUUCCCGCGGGCUCUGGGCGGCUGGAGCCUGCUGUCCAGCCCCAGGCCUUGCCUCCUGCUCCUCUACUUCAUGCCUCUGGCCCUGCUGUCUGCCUUUAGCCACCAGGAGGCUAGGUUCCUGAUCCCCCUCCUGGUCCCCCUAGUCCUGCUUUGCAGUCCACAGGCCCAAUCUGUGCCCUGCAAGGGCACCCUGGUCCUCUUCAACAGCCUGGGCGCCCUCUUCUUCGGCUGCCUGCACCAGGGAGGCCUGGUGCCUGGCCUGGAGCACCUGGAGCAGGUGGUUCACGCACCCGUGCUCCCAAGCAUGCCUACCCACUACACACUCCUCUUCACCCACACCUACAUGCCCCCCCGGCACCUCCUGCACCUCCCGGGCCUGGGCUCAGCUGUGGAGGUGGUGGACAUGGGUGGGACGGAGGACUGGGUCCUGUGCCGAGCCCUGAACAACUUCACCAGACAACCAGCCUGCCAGGUGGCUGGUGGGCCGUGGGUCUGCCGCCUUUUUGUGGUGACUCCUGGCACCACCAGGCCUGCCAUGGAGAAGUGCCAUUUCCCUCUCAAGAGUGAGGCACUCCUGUUUCCCCACUUGACCCUGGAAGACCCGCCAGCCCUGUCCUCUCUGUUGAGUGGGGCUUGGAGGGACCAUCUCAGCCUUCACAUCUUGGAACUGGGGGAAAAGCCUGACAACGUGACAGAAAAGUCACUGCCUAAGAUCCAGCCAUAG